CACACACACACACAUGCACGCGCGCUCCCUGCUCGUACACAGUCCUCUUCGUGCACUGACUUUAACUCUAUUUUAUUCCUCCAAAGAAAUUCUUUCGUGAAAUGAAGGAUGUCACCGUGUUCUGCUGUCUGCUCACUACAGCUGCAAUGAUGAUCCAGUGUGAACCCUGACCCUGUGAACACUGAGAGCUUGGAAACGAUGUCACUCCAUCAGUUGGUGCUGGUGAAAUUUCACUACGAAUACACGACACGCGAAGGCAGGCAAGUGUCCAUCAAACCCAACGAACGCUACGUACUGGUGGCCAAAACCAAUGACCACUGGUGGUAUGUACGCAAGGAUGAGGUGACCAAGCCUUUCUUUAUCCCAGCCCAAUAUGUCACAGAGUUGCCUUCUGAAAGUGAGACUACUCAACUUUCAGGUCAGCAGGAUGGACAGGAUAUUCUAAAUUCUCCAGCAAAGGAUAUUACAUAUUCUGACACAGUGCCGCCUGUGUCUCUGGAGGUGAUUGCUAAAGACCAAAAAGCCAUCAAGACUCCUAAUGAAAAGGACCAAUACGGGAUCUCUAUGUUUGUCAUUCCAAGUGAUGAGUUCAAAGACAAAUCCUUGGAGAAUGAGCCUUGGGAGGUUAAAACUGAACCGAUGGAUCUUAGCCGAGACGGUUUGACAAAUUCUUUACCUCUAGUUGAUGGGGAAAGUACAUAUGCCGUCUCCCAAAAACACAUCCCGGAUACUACCUUGCAAAAAACAGUAACAGAGCCAAGUGAGAUUAAAACCGACCUCAACGAAGAUAUUCAAAUGCUCAUACGGGCUGGCUGGGACCCAAAAAUAUGGGAUCUCAAGGAAGACCAUAUAUAUGACUCUGUAGAUCCUGUAAAGGAUUCGGUGGCUCAGGAUACUAAAGAUCUACCACUGAUCUCUCCAGUUUCUCCUUCGUGUAUGUCCCUACCAUUUUCUCCACAGCAGAGUCCCGGUUCUCCUAUUGACAUACCAAGUCCAUUCGCUGAUAAGGUUGAGAAUGAGGAUCUCUCGGCAGUGUACGUAAACCUGCCCAGGAUACGUCAGAGCAUCGGCAGCUUGUCCUCCGCUUCUGCUUGGGGUGUUUCAGAGCCUUCUGAACUCAACGACACUCUUCUUCUAGGCUCCAGGGGAUGGGAGAUCCACACUGACGAGGAGAGCGGAAAAGAGUACUACUAUCAUCCCAGCACAGGCCGUAGCACUUGGGAUUAUCCUCUUAGCUCCGUAAUGGAGACUGAGGUGGGGACUAAGGAGAUUCCUGUCUCCCCAACACCAUCCCUGUCCCCAGCCUGUUCACCCACAGGUGGAACAAAAUGGACAUCAGAUUGGGAAAAGGUGCUGGACGAGAAGAGUGGCAGACACUUCUUUUUUAACCCCGUCUCUGGAGAGAGUUCCUGGGACCCACCGGAUGGUCUGCUGACUCCUCCUCUAUCAGGCAACAGCCUACAGGAUGGGCUACCGCCUCCCCUCCCUGAGGAAGACUACCCUCAUGAAGAAGAUGGUCCGGCAACUCUGGGCACAGAGGAAGUUUUAUCCUUUGCCGGUUCAUCGGAAUACUCAUUGGCCCAUGUGAAAAAAGCUCUCAUUCCAAGAGCGUGUCUAGACCGCAGUAUUCCUGCAGGCUGGACGCUGAACAUUGACCCUGAUGGAGUCUGGAUCUUCACCAACGAUCAUACCCAAGAGCAGUGGGUGAAGUCACUGGAUGAUCGGGGACAGACAUAUUACUACCUGAAAGAUGGAUCCAAGUCUGAGUGGAACUUACCUGAACUUUCCGCUGGUUUGCGACAGUGCAAAGUGGGAAAUGGUGGAACCGUGGGGCAGGAUGGACUUGGCUCAAUGAGAACCUGGAGGAACAGCACCGGAUCUCAAGAUGAGAAAUUUCCCAUAAGUCAUCGCAGGAACGCUUCAGACAGUGAUAUGUUCGGCUCUCCAGAAACGCUGCAUAACGUUUCAAAUUUAGAGAAAGCUGGAAUCCUUAACAAGACCAAGAUUUCCGAGAACGGGAAAAAAGUACGAAAGAACUGGGCUCAGUCAUGGACUGUUCUUCAUGGAGGGGUUCUGAUAUUCCACAAGGAUCCAAAGUCCAACCCAACAGGAACAUCAAGCAAGAUCAAUCAGAUCGUUCCAGAAUUCACUGUGGAGUUGAAAGGAGCGACGAUCGGAUGGGCCGCAAAGGAGAAGUCCAGCAAAAAGAAUGUUUUGGAGCUAAAAAGUCGGACUGGGGCAGAAUACUUGAUUCAGUAUGAUACUGACAGCAUCAUCACCGACUGGCAUAAAGUAAUAACAGACACCAUACGGCAAAUUGACAUGGAGCAGCACCAUUCAGAUGAUGACGAGGAAGCCAGUGAAAAGUCUUCUAGCACGGAAAAGGAGGACAAAUCAAGCGGAGACAAGCGACGAUUGAGUAAUGCAGGUCGGCAGCUUUCCACUACUUCCACGUCUGAGUCAGACCAGAAGAAGGUCCGCAACAAGCUCCGCAAGUUUCUCCUCAAGAGGCCUACUUUGCAGUCAGUCAAGGAAAAAGGCUAUAUUAGAGAAAACGUCUUUGGCUGUCAUCUGCAAAAUCUCUGCGCUCAGGAAAGGACCACGGUGCCCAGUUUUGUGAUGAAGUGCAUCAGGACAGUAGAGAAAAGAGGUUUGGGGGUCGAUGGAAUCUACAGAGUUAGCGGGAACUUAGCCAUUAUUCAGAAGCUACGUUUCAAGGCUGAUCACGAGGAUCUAGAUCUGGAGGAGGGUCCCUGGGACAUCCACGUCAUUACAGGAGCCUUAAAGCUCUUCUUCAGGGAAUUACAAGAGCCCCUGUUCCCUUACAGUCACUUCAACAGCUUUGUCCAGGGCAUCAAAAUUCCAGACUACAACAGCAAAAUUUCCUAUAUACGUGAUUUGGUGAAAUCUUUACCGCAAUACAAUCAUGACACAAUGGAGGCGCUGUUUAGCCAUUUAAGGAAAGUUAUCGAGCAUGGAGAUGUGAACAGGAUGUCUCUGCAGAACGUGGCCAUCGUCUUCGGCCCGACGUUGCUCAGACCCGAAAUGGAGUCAGCGAACAUUACUGCGUACAUGGUCUUCCAGAACCAGAUCAUUGAGUUCAUCCUCAGUGAAUUUGAAGCAAUCUUUCACAUGUGAGAGCCUGAAAAGUCUGCACCGGCAAUUCAUGUUAAAUUAUUUAACAGAAUACGAAAUAUUCGAACGAAGAAAAAAAAAGUCAAUAAGGGUCAGCUGUCAUUCUACGAUAUUUUGCUAUGAGCCAUGUUAGUAUUUUGGGCUUAGUAUUUCUUUAACCUGUUUAAUACUCUUGAUCAUAUUAGAUGGAAAUGCCCAUAUAGACAUAAUAACUUGAAUGAGAUGUUGGUGGUGUAUGGAAAUAUCGCUCUCAGAACAUAAUGUGAAAUACUAGAAAAUAUAAAUGACUAGAAUUCAAAUUCAUUUUUUUACACUCGAUGGGUUUUUUCUCAGACAUAAUCAAUCAAUCAAGCGAGUGCUGCAUAGAUAGAAUCCUGGUAAUGACCACAUACCUCAGCAUAUGGAAAUAUUUAAUUCAAAAUAUUCAUAACACUGCUUUUAGCCUUAAUAUGGAAAAAUACAUCGAACUGGUUAACUCUCAACCAUGUGGUUUAAAGAUAUUAUAUAGCUAUUAGAAGCAGUUUCUAGAGACAUGAGCCUUUUUUUAGAACGUUAGCAGAGGUUUGUUUCUGUUAUACCAUGUUGUCUUUUUGUCAUAAUACUGCCAUCUAUACUCAUCUUACCGUAUAUUACUAUAAAUGGGGGACAGUAGAUUGUACAGACUUUUAGUUAUUAUAAUAGUUCUGUAUUUAUUAGCACGAAAGUAAACCUUCACUCUGUAAAAUUGAUUUGCACAUAGACGAACUUGGAUCCUGAUUGAAAUAAAGAGCCUAGUUGUAAAGAUUUAUAAAGCAUUAAUAUUUUAUAUAAAACAAAAAGAUAAAUAAGGCAUAUUGUGUUUGUGUUUCCAUUGUGUACAUACGAAAGGCAUAUUUAUGCUAUGCGUUGCUUAUGAAGAAUUUUUAAUAAAGUAACUUUUACAUUUAAAGUCA